AUGUUGCCUAACUGGGGGUUUAGAAACACCGUUCAUUCAUACCAUGCCGAAAAUCCCAUUGAGUUACCAUUAAAAUCGUCUAAUGACUGUGCGUCUGGAAAUUCAGUGGUGUCACUCGAUAAGUUUGUCGAAAAGAACAUACCUGAAAUUAAAGAUGGCGCAAGGCAUUAUCUGAAACCAACCUUAUUUACAGGUACUUUGCAAACAUUGCACACCUUCAAGGGCGAUUUCCAUACAAAAUAUCCCGUUUAUUUUGCCCGUGAAAUUGUCUCAUUGUCUCAUGAGGAGGCCAAAGAACUCAAGGGGACUUUCAAACAUAUCCAUGCUGGUGAGUUCACUUUGGACUAUUUGGUGAACCCUCCAAGUGAAGAGUUGAAUGAUGAGUAUUUUUCAAGGAAAUGUAAGGAAACAAUGCCAGAGGGGUACCCAAGAUUACACCCUCGUUGUCGUUAUUAUGCUCCGAAUGAAUUGGCGCAAUUAAAAAAUGAAUGGAAACAGGAUAAUUCUCCAAUCAGUAUUAUUUUACCAGGUCUAGCCGGUGGUAUUCAAGAAGCUCCAAUUAGAGCAACUUGUUAUAAGCUACAACAAAAGGGUCACCGUGUUGUUGUUUUGAACCAAAGAGGUUGUAGUCGUUCCAAAAUUACAACUCCUCAUAUGUUCACCGGUUUAGAUACGGACGAUUUAAAAUACAUCUUACAUAAGUUCCAUGACGAAUAUGAACUGGAUGAUGAAAAGAGGCAAUUCCAUGCAAUUGGUUACUCAUUUGGUGGUUUGCAAAUUGCAAACUAUUUGAUUAAAGAAGGUAAAAAUACCCUCUUGACAUCUGCAAUUACUGUCUCAUCCCCUUGGAAUCUGUAUAAUUCGAUGCUUCAUAUCUCAAAUUCUUGGAGUGGUCGGUAUUUAUUUGAACCUGCUGUUAACUCUUUCCUAUUGAGAAUGGUCAAGAAUAACAAGGAGGUUUUGAAGGAAAACCCUAUAUUCAGCCAAGAGAGGUAUGAUCAUUUGAGGAAAACAAUAAAGAACUCUAGAGAUUUUGAUGAUGCUUAUACAAGCAAACUACUCGAUUUACCAAGUGGUGAUUACUAUUAUUAUGCUGCAUCACCUGUAUUUCAAAUCUAUAAAAUUAAAACUCCACUCUUGGUCAUCAACUCUAUAGAUGAUCCAAUGAUUUCUCCAGAUUACCCAUUUUUGGAUAUUUCAAGACAUCCUUGGAUUUAUAUGGCAACUGCAGAUUUGGGGGGUCAUUAUUCCUUCAUUAAACCAAAUGGCGAUUUCUGGUUUUCUGAAGUUGUCGAGAAAUGGAUCAACUCUUGGAGAGAGGUUGAUGUCCAAACCCCAAGCGAUGUUCUGGAUCAUGGCUGGCACGUUGACGUUGAAUUGCCACUUAGAGAAUGA